UUGGAGCUACAACCAAAGAAACUGCUUACUCAUUGCAUAAUCCUUCUAUUUGCCCAGAGCUACAUGUAGUCCAGAAACCCUGUCCUGUGAGGUCAUUACAGAAGGCAUCCAGAAAGGACUGGACAAGGAAGGGCAGCGGCAGGAGAACAAGGGUCCUCCAGGAUGGAGGUACACAACGUGUCUGCCCCCUUCAACUUCUCCCUGCCUCCAGGCUUCGGCAAGCGCCCCACAGACCUGGCACUGAGUGUUCUCCUGGUGUGCAUGCUCCUCUGCAUUAUGCUUGCACUGGGUUGCACCAUGGAGUUCAGCAAGAUCAAGGCUCACCUCUGGAAGCCUAAGGGGCUGGCUACUGCCAUGGUGGCUCAGUAUGGCAUCAUGCCCUUCUCUGCCUUCAUGCUGGGCAAGGUCUUCCGGCUGAACAAUAUUGAGGCACUGGCCAUCCUGAUCUGCGGCUGCUCACCUGGGGGGAACCUGUCCAAUGCCUUCAGUCUGGCCGUGAAGGGAGACAUGAACCUCAGCAUCGUGAUGACCACCUGCUCCACCUUCUGUGCCCUGGGCAUGAUGCCUCUCCUCUUGUUCAUCUAUUCCAAAGGAAUACACUAUGGCGACCUGAAGGACAAGGUGCCCUACAAAGGCAUCAUGGUAUCACUGGCCAUCGUUCUCAUUCCUUGCACAACAGGAAUCAUCCUCAAAUCCAAAUGGCCACAGUAUGUACCCUAUGUCAAAAAGGGAGGAAUGAUCAGUACUUUCCUUAUCAGUGUGGCUGUCACGGUCCUGUCUGUCUUAAACGUGGGCAAGAGCAUCAUGUUUGUCAUGACACCACACCUGCUGGCCACCUCUGCCCUGAUGCCCCUCAUUGGCUUUCUGUUCGGCUACAUUCUCUCUGCUCUCUUCUGCCUCAAUACACAGUGCAGACGCACUGUCAGCAUGGAAACUGGAUUCCAAAAUGUUCAACUCUGUUCUACCAUACUCAAUGUGACCUUUAAGCCUGAAGUCAUUGGGCCACUUUUUUUCUUUCCUCUCCUCUACUUCAUUUUCCAACUUGGAGAGGGAUUUCUCUUUAUUAUCACCUUUCGGUGCUAUGAGAAAAUCAGGCCCUCCAAGGACAAAACAAAAGCAAUCUACACAGUUGCCCCAACUGAAGAAGCAAUUCCAAGAGCUAUGGAAAAUGGCAUCCAUAAAGAGUACCACCCCCAAGCCUAGCCCUUUCAAUGGCAUGGAUUCUGGCCAGAUGGCAAGUCAAUAAAUCAGUACAGUAAACAACAGAGCAGCAAAAAGGAAACGAACACCAGGCUUUGGAGUCUUUGGCACUUCCAGAAAACCUUACUUUCAGCAAACCAAUCGGCAGAAUCAUCAAGCUUUGGUCUGAAGGACAGGAAGGUGUUAUCUAACCAGGAAGCCUCACUGAUCCCAAGCUCAGGAUUUGGUAUUUGUUUCAAAAAUAAAAGACUUGCUCAAUGACUAAUAAACUCUAAGAAGGCAAAAACUAAA